AUGGCUUUCGGAUGUGGGUGUGCAAUCCAACUGUUCUGUUGGAUUUGUCUCCUCUUCGCCGCGCUCAUCUUCAUCGGAUUCGUGCUCUCCAUCUCGGAAGCGAUGCUCACCGAGAGCACCUUUUGCUCUCGAUCACAACUUUUAAUCGGCGCAGAGUGCGCAACGGUCAGUCUGUCCAAAAGUUGCUAAAGUCAAGUUCAAAAGAAGUUUGAUUCAGAAGACGCGUCAAUUGGAAGACUCCCUUCUGCGAAUCAAUCGAACAGUUCGCUUCCUUCGCCCGCCGUCCGAGUACAAAGAAGUGAUUGAACUUUGUGAAAAGGCCGAGGUAUCUUUCGGUGUUCAAACAUCACGGACAAGUCGAAAUUAAAUUACUCCUUGUUCUAGAUUUGUCUCAACCAAAUCACUUGCGAAGACGGCCACGAUUUCGUGAUGGACGUGAAGGAUACGUUUCCGGCGUGCGACUUUUACAAGUUGUACGCCGGCGAGUUUGAGGAGUGUGCGAACACAGUGCGUACAAUCGGCAGAGUGCAUUCCCCACUUGUCAUUCUUUCAGCUCCGCACCAAGACCUCCAAUUACUCGUGCCUCAAAUCGUUGUUCGAUGCGAAAUACGGGGUAUUCGAUGGUAUCGGAUCUCCAGUCGCAACCACUCACUUUCAGAUCAAGUACAAUCGCUGCCAACAAUGGAGGGACAUUCAGCCAUGUGUGCAUGAUGCGAUCAGGGACGAGUGUGACGGAAAUUCCACCCAAUUGGCGUUUCGAUUCGGAGAAGUAAGCGGUCGAAUGAGUGAGUGAUGAAGCUGUGAUUGGAAUGUGAGUUCCAGGUGACCGCCGACUUCUACCGCGCAAUGAACUGUGUUCCGUCGUUUCCGAGAGUCAGCUCCGGCGAGAUCGACUACGAGAUUGUCGGUUUAGUCAGUGGACAAUAG